GUGAUGUGUUAGUUAUGAAUUAAUCUAGUUGCAAUAUGUUUACACAAUCAUGCAUGUUAUAAUAACUAUUUCAUAAGUUCAAGUAUUUUUGAAGAAAUAUGAUCAUGUAAGAAGACCAACAAAAUAGGUUUCAUAAUUUUGGAUUAGCAAAUAAUUAACUAUACAUUUAACUAGGUUUAGCAAAAUACAUUUUCUCACAGAAAAUACUUUUAUCAAGCAGAUCAUGUUACACGGAAACAAAUAAUUUGUUUCACUUAAUUUGAAGCUCAGAUGAAUUAGUUAUCAAUUUACAAGAUUGAGUUUUUUUUGUUUUUCUUAACUUAAGCGGUUUUCGAUGUAAUUCGAGCAGUUUUGGAAAUGCGAUCAAUUUUUGGUACAAUUCGUCGAUUCGGUUUAUUUUUGCUUUUGAUUUACAAAUUUAAGCGAAUUCUCAUCAAAUUUUGAGCGAUUUUCAAAAUAUUUACAAUUUUGAAAAACCACCGUCCAACAAUUUCUGAACUUCAAACGGUUUUGUGAAGCUACCAUGGCCAGCAUCGAGAACACAUGGUCCUCUUGGUCUAGUACCUAGCCGUCGUCGACAAGCUAUGUAUCGUCGUUGGUACAUUUGCACAUCUUCUUUCCCUUUCUCCCCUCUUCAUCUUCGAUUCCACCUACGAAAAGUCCAAAAGCCAAAUUAGGCCACUGCUGUCCCUGCUUGGGCCGCCGCUAGCUAACCUCACUCAGGCCGCUGUCACCUAAAUCUGCUCUAGCCGUGACUGGAUCUGCUCGGGCCUCCAUCGCCCGUGCUCGGGGUCGACACCGUCGUGCAGAUCACCGUGACCCUGCCCCUGCUCGUGCCGUCGUCGCUUAAGCUCGCCGCGUGCGCGUACUCCGUUACCCACCUCUGCUUGUCAAGCUCCGACUAGAUCUUCAUCAUUUCGUAGAGACGUGGCAUGUCUGCGCCGUCCUCUGCCGGCCUCAUCUCCUAGCAAGAUCGCGCCGACCCCAUCUAUGCCAUCCUGCCAUGCCGCCUCCAGUGUCUGGAGGUGGCUGCACCAACGGAUUUACUUUGCUACUACUGGCUACUGCUCAGUUAUUGUUGGGAUGUUGCUGCUGUCACGAGAGAGGGGAACAAGAGAAUAUGCUAGGUUAAAGAUGAGGGUAUUUAUGUUUACUAAAGGCAUAUUUUAAUAGCACCGGCGUGAUUUUGACUUUUGUAACGAUAUUUUUUAAAACAUACAAAAUUGUAAACUUGUAAGGAGAUAAAUGUAAUGAACCCAUUUGUUAACGUCACGACAGUCUACAGAUAAAACCGAAUCGAAUCGAUCGAAAAGAGAAGCCAAAAUAUUCAAGAAAAGAGAAGCCAAAAUAUUCAAGAAAUCGAAUCAUCGAUGGAGACGACGGCGUCCGCCGCCUGCGAGAUCGCGCGCCUGCCGGAGGAGCUCCUCUCGUCAGCGAUCUCCCGCACCGCACCGCAGGACGCAUGCCGCGCCGCCGCGGUCUCCCCGGCCUUCCGCUCCGCGGCCGACUCCAACGCCGUCUGGUCAAGCUUCCUGCCACGCGACCUCCCGCCGCUCGCCGACGGGGAGCUCGUCCCCGCUCCGCCGUCUAAGAAGGCGCUGUUCAUGCGCCUCUCCGACCGCCCCGUCCUCCUCGCAGACGGCCUCACGAGCAUGUGGUUGGACAGGGAGACCGGCGCCAAGUGCUACAUGCUGUCGGCAAGGGCGCUGUGCAUCAUCUGGGGCCAUACGCCACAGUACUGGCGCUGGAUCCCUCUCACCGACUCAAGGUUCUCGGAAGGUGCUGAACUCCUGGAUGUUUGCUGGUUGGAAAUUCGUGGCAAGAUACAUAGCAAGAUGCUCUCGGAAAACACAACUUAUAGUGCUUUAAUCGUUUUCAAGAUAGCUGAUGAAUCAUAUGGACUCGAUUUUCCUGACCAGGAGACAUCAGUUAGCAUCGGAGAAAGUAUAAUAACCCACCAAGUUUGCCUCCACAGCUAUGGGAAUGAGGAAGAGGAAGUACCUCAGAAUUAUCGGUCUAUUAUGAUACCAGCCAUCAGAACAAGGUUUAGGAGAAGAAACCGUCGUGUAUCUCCUCCUGGAGCCAAUGUACUGUUCCCUCAGAAAAGGGUUGACAAUUGGAUGGAGCUGGAGAUGGGUGAGUUUUACAACGAGGAAGGUGAUAAUGGUGAGGUGUCCAUUAGCCUCAUGGAGACAAAAGGAGGCCAUUGGAAGAGAGGUCUUAUUGUGCAGGGUAUUGAAAUUCGAGCUAAGAAAUAAGGCUAGGGAGGUUCUGUAAAAUGCACUUCGCAUAUCAGCGGAAAUAAAUAAGGAAACCAUAUGUGUAAUGUGUGUUUCUCUGGACUAGCAUCGUUUGCCCAUGCUGGAAAUAAAUAAGGAAACCAUAUGUGUAAUGUGUGUUUCUCUGGACUAGCAUCGUUUGCCCAUGCUCUUCAAAACUACAUUCUGGAUGUG